AUAUAUCUAGUGUUUUUUAAUUUUUUUAAAUAAAAUAUUAAUUACAACAAAUUAAGGUUUUUCCACUAUCAGAUAUAUGAAAUUAUAAUUUUUAUGCACUAGUGAUAGCACCUUAAUUAUUUUAUUUAAAAUGUUAAAUUGCUUCAGGUAUAUAAAUAUCUAUAUGUUACAUAGAACUACAUUACUGAAAAAACCAAGUGAAAAUAUUCAAAUUUUUCGUUUAACAUCUACUACUUCAGAAAAACUACCAAGUAAUGGAGAUAAUAUUAAUAUUCCUAAAUAUAUACAUAGAAGUUCAACUGAUAUUUUAAAAGCAAUUUCAAGUACUAUUCAAAGAGAUCCAACUGCUGCUCACUAUAAAUAUCAUGAUGAUCCAUAUCUCAUACCAGUUUCCAAUUUUCAAAAACGAGCAUAUGCCUUAAGUCAAGAAUCUGGUAGAAAAGCUGCUCACUGGAUACGUAAUCAACAUCCUGAUUUAUUUAAUCAUAAAGUUGCAUUUCCACCUAUUGAGAAAUUUUAUCCUAAAGUCUUUUAUGAUGAAAGUCAUGAACUUGAUGAAAAUGAAUUAAAAAAAGUUAUUGAAAAAGGUGUUGUAUCAGAUGCUAUCACUGUUUAUAAUUUGUUAAGCAAAAAUGGCAUAGAAAUAAGUUCAGAUACGCAACAAGCUCUUUUGGAAUUAGUAUGCUUUUAUAAUAAUCAAGAUGAUAUUGAAGAAGAUUGGAUUGAAGAGCGCUGGUAUACACAAGUUAAUAAAGAACGAGAAGAACUUAGAAAUACUUGGAAAUCUAAUGGAUUUUCUAAUUCUCUUUUUUCAACUAUUAAAUCACCAAAUGCCCAUCAUUAUUCAACAAUAAUACAAGGAAUGUCAAAGUAUAAUCAGUUUGAAGAAUCUUACAAGUUAUAUAAGGAAGCUUGUGAAAAGAAACUUAUAUUAUCUAUUAAUUCUUAUAAUUCAGCUAUAAGAUCAGCUAUUUAUGUUAAAGAAGGAGCAGAUCAUAAAUGGCUUCAUAUACAAGAAAUAUUAAAUCAGAUGAAUGAUUUAGAUGUACCUAUGAAUUUGAUGACUUUAAAUUCAAUUCUAUAUGUUCUAACUACUAUGGCUAUUAGUCCAGAAUCUAAAAAAUAUGCAUUAAAAACAAUUGCUGAAGCCAAAAAAUUUAAUAUUGAGCCAUGUUUAUCAUCAUUCUAUUAUUUAAUACAAAUAUUUUGCUCUGAUAAGAAAAAUAAAAGCACAAUAUUAGUAGACAUUUUAAAUCUACUUGAAGGAAAAACAUUAAACAUUAAAGAUAUAGCUGAUACUAAUUUUUUUGUGGCUGCUAUGGAAAAUUGUCGUUAUCAUUUACAAAACUUUAGUGUAGCACUCAGAGUUCAUUCAUUAUUAUUAACUGGAAAUAAUUAUAAUUUAAUUGGAAAUUCUUAUAAGGAAUCAGUUUAUUAUCGUCAUUUCUUUGCUAUUUUAUGUCAAAACGAGUCAACUGAAUUAUUAAUGAAGUAUUACAAUGAUUUGGUACCUCAUAUUUAUAUACCCGAACCAUCUAUCACUGAGAUGAUUGUAAAAUCUAUAAAUGUAUCUGCAGCAGUUGAGUUUUAUCCAAAAUUAUGGUCAGACAUUUUAAUGUUUGAUCAAGCUGAUAGAGAACCCGUUAUUGUAGAGUUGACUAAUGGUAUGGCUCAAAAUUUGUUUCCUAGUUUUGAACAGUCUGUUAAAGAAGAAUUAGGUCAAUUAGCUGGUACAAUUUAUGAUUCUAUUGAAGAACGAAAAGAAACUGGAAAAAUUAAAAUGUCAUGGACUGGUUCUUUGUUAGGUAAUUUAAUAGAAGUUUGUUUAUUUGGAGAUAAUAUUCAAAACGCUACUGAAAUUAUUAUGAAACUGAAAAAUAAUGAAAAUGAAAUCAUUGGAGUUCCAGACAGUCAAAAUAUUACUAAUUUUCUAAACUAUUGUAUUAAUAAAAAUUAUUUUAAUGAGAUAUUAAUAUGUGUUGAAUACAUUUUGGAAGUUGGUUUAGAGGUUGACCUAGAUAUUUUAAUUUCAAAAAUUAUAAAAAGCAUGGUAUUGUCACCAAUGCAGCGAGCUCAUUUGUCAAAGUUGAUUGGAACUGAACACUAUGUUGAAAUAGAAAGUAAAACUGAAUCAGUAAUUAGUUAAGUUUUAUUUUCAAUUUAAAAUUUGGUAAUGAUUUUUAGUAAUUUAAAAUA